CUGCCUCGCCAGUUGGCCAAGGAGCUGAGCAACAGAUGCUGUUCAACAUCCAAGCCCGAAGGUUGUGUGGCACGCAACAGCAACAGGAAACGGAAGAAUAGAACACCAGCAACAGGACACCAACAGAACAACGGCAUUUGGAACAGGCGCAACCGUCGUCAGAAGCGACCAGACAAGAAGGAAGGAAGAGCCAAAGAGCAAGAGGAGAGCAGACGAGGAGAAGAAGCUAACCCCCAUACCCAUUUCCGGCCCAUCCCCGCUCCCAUCCCAAUCGCCAAUAACCAUAGCCAUUUGCCACAGCCGUGUGCCACAUUCUGCGCGUGCAACAAGUCAGCCUUCUUCGAGUAUUUUUUUGAAAGUGUUUAAGCCAAAAGUGUUAAGUGAUCAAAAGUAAAAGCUGUUUUGUUUUUGCCGUGCUGCUUACAAUUUCAAUAGUUCUACAAAACAAAACCCAACGAAUACUCAACAUACCUGAAACCUGAAGAAGCUGAAGUACAACAUCCAUCAGAGCCUUGAAUCAUUCGAAGUACACAUACAUACAUAUAUAUACGCCAGAAACAUUAUAUACAAUAUACAUACACUUAUAAAUAGAACUACAGAGAUAAAUGAUAUCCCCAGUAGUUACAAGUACACUCUACAGUCGUUGUUAAAUCUUCUUUGAAACCUAUUCAUGUGCAUUCAAAAACAUAACUCGGAACCUAAGAAAAUCCAAGUGAAAUAAGACAGAAUAUUAACAUAUUUAGCGUUAUUCCACUGAAACACUCGGAAAGAAAAGUACAGUUCGAAUCUAGCGUGUAAAAAGAUUCCACGAAUUCACUUCGUGGAAACAGAGCUACAAAAUUUUUUUGUCUAAAAUCCAAGGUCCGAUGCUUACAUGAUGGUCGAAAGAACGAUAAAUUGGGCCAUGGAUGCCGACCUAGGAAUGAUUAAGCUCAAGACUAUGACAGCAGUAUGUUUCGUGUGCAACCUGCCCAUCAUGUCGCACCAGGUGGGUCUGGUGUGGUCAGGUGGCAACGGCUGGGAUGACCUCGUCCGCGAACAGCUGGAGGAGUCAACGAUCCGUCAGAGAUUAGGCGGACGUCGCGAUUCCGCCGCUCAGAUCACUACACCACCGAGCACCUCACCGCCGCCAGGACUUCAACGGCGGCGGCGCAGCUCUUUGGCCCAGCUUACUGACAUUCUGCGCGAGUGGAGCGGAGGCACCAAGCAACAGACCCAGCAGCAGCAGCAGCAGGCUCAACAACAAGCACGCAACAAGGGCCAGUUAAAUCGCCGCGAAACACUCGCCGAUCUCGCCCGCAGCUUGCCCUGGCGGACAUCCACGACCGAUGCGAGCACUGGUGCUGGUGGUGCUGGUGCUGGCUGCAGUUCCAGUGGAGGCAAUAUCACAUACAUUGCCCCGCGCAAGCGUCGCGAAUCGAGCGCCGAUUCCGGCAUACGCAGCAUCAGAUCCCGGCGCGAAUCGAACACGGCCGAGUUCGUUAAACAUUGGAACAGGCGCGAGAGUACAGCAGUUGAGGAACUGCCUCCGAGCCACAUUUCCGUGAAUGUCGUUGUCGUCGAAGCUACCAAGAGCGCCUCGCGCCGCGGAUCCGGGGAGAGCUACUUGUCGAGCAGCCGGCGGGACAGCAAUGUCGCCGGCCGCGUGACAACGCCGCCACCGCCACCCAAGAACCAGGUGGCCAAGAAGCGGGACUCGCUUGCCGCCCCGGAGUUCCCCAACUUCCGGCAGGAGCAGCGUCCCUCCACCAGUUCCGCCGGUUCCUGUCACUCCGACUCCGUCUCCGUGCCACUAAUCCAGUACCAUCAGCAGGUCGACUCCGCAUGCCAGGCCCUGCCGCCGCCAACCAUCAUAACCAGCUCGGUGACGCCGCCGGCCACCAGCCCAACGGCCCCAAAAGGUCGGCGCGACUCCACCACGCAAUGCGGCCGCGUCAAUCGGCGCGAUUCAAAGGCCGGCCACAGUCCGGAGCGGGCACCGCGCAUGAACCGUCUCCAGCGUCAGGCCACUGCCUUUGACGAGAGCGUCCUUCCCGGUGGCAGCCGACGCGGUUCCCAGCCGGCCCUCAGCCCGGAUCCGCCCGAGGAUUGUGAACGCCGUGCCUCACGCCGUGACUCCCUCUCGCCGGACAGCGCCUCGCGCGGAGGACGUCGUGACUCGCGCACCCAUCUCUCGCCAGAUCGCACACACGAGCGCGACGGCAGCCCCCGGCGGCAAACACUGCGCCGCCAGAGCAGUUCGGCGGCCCGCCACUCGCCCGACUCCAACAGCUGCGGCUCGUCGAGGGAUCCCAGUCCCUGCUCACGGCCACCGCCUUUGCCGACUGUUGAACAAAACCAGAGACCUGCCAUUAGGCGCCAGUCCACCACAGAGGAGAUCCUAAUAGCGCGCGGCUUCCGGCGCCAAUCCACCACGGAGGAGAUGAUUCGUUGCCGCAACUUCCGGCGCCAGAGCUCCCAGAGCGACGACGUCUGUCGCUACCGCGGACGUCGCGAUUCAUCAGCCCAGAUUAUUGACGGCACCAUCGGCACCAUGACCGUGGAGACCACUAGCACUUUCUUCGACUCCAGUACUCAGACAGAACCAUCGCCGCUAUACGACAACAACCACUACCAUGAGGAGUGUCUGCGGUGCAACUCGUGCGGCUUGAAUUUGACGGGACCCAAUCAGAAGCGCGCCAGGAGGUUCAAGAACCAGAUCCUGUGCGACCUGCAUUUCGCAGACGUGGCCCUAAUGGAGUGCUCCGAUUUUAUGCAGCAACUGCGGAGCUUCAAGCCCCAAUCGCUGGGCUGUGCAGUGGCGCGACGCAAGAGCUCCACGACGUUAAUAUUUCCAUUGCCGCCGCAAGCAUGUUCAGAUGAGUUCUGCGAGGAGUAUCCACAUAACCUAAUGCCCACGCCCGGCUACUGGAUCGAAUGCUCGCGCCAGAAGAUCAGCAUGCCCACUCCGCACACCAUUUGGGAUGAGAGCGACUCCGAGCACGAGGACAUACGGGCGGGCAGUGCCAGCGAUGCGUACUUGGAGCGUGAGUGCAGCGAUCUGUACGAGGACGAUGAGGACUCUGAGGCCACACCCAGUCCUCGCAAGAAAACUACCAUUGAGGAGCAGUGGGAUCAGCAGGGUGCCUUCGAACUCAUCUCCGUGGAACAGGAGACGUAUGAGAAAUAUUUCUAUGGCACAGAGCACUGGAAUUAUUUCACCAGCGACGAGGAUCUUGGCCCGGUCAUACUCUCCAUCAAACAGGAGACGCUCAACGGACGCGACCAGUUUCGCAUUCUGGUGCGCGCUGGCUCCUACACGGUGCACGGAUUGAUCCCAGCUUCCUGCGUAUUUGCUGAUCGAUAUAAUCGCGAGGAGGUUGUUCGAUCUUUAGGAAAAGAAGUUAAUUUGAAUCCCCCUCUAACACUAGGACAACUACCAGACACUCCAGAGGAGUUAUUGAAGUUAGAUCAGGUUUUUAUAAAAUCCGAACUUAAAGUUGGCGUCAUAUUUGUCAAAGAGGAUCAAUACACCGAAGAGCAAAUUCUGGACAAUAAUGAAAACUCACCGCUCUUCGAUGAGUUCCUCACACUUCUCGGCGAUCGGGUGCGGCUCCGUGGGUUCGAUAAAUACAAGGGUGGCCUUGACACGGUACAUGAUCUAACUGGCCUCUUCUCUGUUUAUACCAACUGGCGUAAUAUUGAGAUCAUGUUCCACGUUUCCACGCUUCUGCCGUACGAGAAGCACGAUCCUCAAAAGUUGCAGCGGAAACGCCACAUCGGCAAUGAUAUUGUCUGCGUGGUGUUUCUCGAGGCGGACAACACCCGCUUUAGUCCGGCCUGUAUUAAGAGUCACUUUCUGCACACAUUUAUAUUGGUGCGCGUCUCCGCUCGCAUCAAACACAAGCCGACGCGCUAUGAGGUCUCCGUGGUGACGCGCGACGAGGUUGGCGCCUACAAGCCGUACCUCUGGGAGCAGUCCGUCUUCGAGAAGGGGCCUAUGUUCCGGGAGUGGCUGCUAACGAAGAUCGUGAACGGAGAGCGGGCCUCGUACUCGGCCCCCAAAUUCGCAAGGAUGCAGGAGCGCACACGGUCGCAGAUGCUCGAGGAUCUGGUGAUGAAUCUGUCCAAUCACGCGGAGACAGGCCAGAUACCCAAGCCGUAUCGACGCGGCUCUUGGCGACCGAUUGGUCACAUGCGACCCUCGUCGCCACUGCUGGACUCGGUCCGGGAUCAGUUUGAGGACUACGAUCAGCUGGCAAAGGACUUCACCCGCGUGUUCCUCAACGAGGAGCCAUCAUGCUUGAGCAACUCUCACCUCUUCGACGUGGUUUUCCUGGUGGGUCAAUCCAAGCAGAAGGCACGCUUCAUUGGAGUCCGGGCCAUUCUGGGCGUACGCAGCCGCGUCUUUCAGGAGAUGCUAUAUGGCAUCCAGACAGGCUUCGGAUCGCCGCAGAUACCCGUCGCGGAGAUUUUCGCCCGCCCUGCACCGUCGUUGGUGUCGCCACAGAAUCAGAAGCCGAAGAGUAACAACUAUCUAACGGUGCCGGACUCGGACUCCAUACGUCCCAAGAGCGUGCCCUCGUCACCGAUGGUGAAGCGGGCGUUCUCUCGCCUGGGGACCAUCACGGCUGGAUGGGGUCGUUCGAUUCGGAAUAAGAACUCGAACCAGUUGAAUCCGGAUGACAAGAAGAAGUGGAUCUCGUCGACAGAUUGUUCGAAUAGGGACAGCAAGGACAAGGACAAGGACAAGCCGGGCAACAACCAGCUGGCGGUACCGCGGCUCUCGGUCUGUGCCGACGCUCAGAAGGUGGACCGGGCCAAGCUUGCACAGACGGAGUUCAACAUCAUCGAAUUUGAUCCGGACACAUUUCGUGUCCUUCUCGACUAUCUGCACACGGGCACUUGUCCUCUAACCUGUGUUUCAAUACCUGGGCUGCUGUGUGCCGCAGAGCACUACGAUCUGCCGGAGCUUCUUCAGGCGUGCUUCCACCACUGCAAGCAGUUCCUACGCAUCGAGGUGGUUUGCCCGAUGCUCAUCUCGCUGGAGAACUACUACUGGCGCUACACGUCCGCCUCCGAGCUGGUCAACAUGAUCCUGUCAUUUGUGGAGAGCAAGGCGCACGCCCUAUUUAAGUGCCCAGAGUUUCUCCAUCUGUCCGAGUCGAUGGUGCAGAUGAUCAUGUGCCGGGAGCUUCAGACCCCGGAGAUCCGUAAAUUUGAGGCGAUGCUCGCCUGGGCCCAGCACAAGGUGGCCAAGCUGAAAAACCACCCCAAUAAGGACACCCAGUUUGAGUUCGAGUGUAUCAUGGAGAGGCUGACCCGCGACCUCAACCUCUGCCGCAUCUCGCCCAGCGAGCUGCUCACCGUUGUCCUACCCUCCAAGUCAAUGAAGAACGAACGCAUCAUGGAGACGCUCAUGGUGCAGGUGAACCUUGGCACCUACCGCAUGCCCGAGCUAGAUGCCUACCGUCAGCAGUUACGCCAGCAGGAGUCCGCCGAGGCCACCGUGCAAGUCCACCGGGGUGGAUGAGAUAGUAAGAAUGUGAGCUUCGAUUUAGACCAGCAGCCGCUCGGCGCCAUCGCAGCCACAACCAACAUGGAUGCGGGCGCCGGGGCCGGUGCCUGUGGCGGUGCUAUCACCGCGCCCUCUGCCUCAGGAGU